AUGAUUGUGGAGCUCGCGACGAUCCAGCGUCUUUAUUACCUGCUCACAAGGAACAAGAAGCAUCGCCGACGUCUUCUUCAGCGAAAACCACUGCUCGGGUCAAACAUUCUCAGAAUCCUAGAGCUCCAUCUCAGGGAACAGGAGCUGGAGCGAGUUGUGUUACUUGUCGUCGCAGAACCACAGUAUGCGACGGACGGUCUCCGAGAUCUACCGUACAAGGGUCAUAAUUCGCAGAAACCCACAAGACCAAACGAUUCAUCUACUCCACAGCUGCCGGGAAACCAGUCUCCACAAGAUGACACUCCCCAUCAUUACGGCCCGGUUGAUUCCAUCGAGCACGCUGUGGAAGGGAACAGCUCUGUCGGUUAUCAUGGACUCUCCGGCCAGCAACACAGCGUGCGUGCUGCCAACGAAGGCACUCCCUGGAUGCCAUCAAAUGGAAGUUUGGUCAGCCCCGGUCCUCCAGCCUUCGUAUCUGGACAAGAUACGCCAGACGGUCGAGGAGUUUUAGCAGCGGUCAAUAGAUUGCCGCUCCCGAGCAACCCUGACACCGGUCUUCAGGUGAUACCACCAAUUGAUCAGAUUCUCAAGAGACGGUUUGUGCGUUCAAACCUGCCAGCAUUCCCGGGUCGGAGCCAGCAGCACUAA